CAUUUUAACGUUCGUCGUCACGUUUUACAUUAAAACAAUGAAUUUUUAUACCCGAAAGUUAAAAAUAACAAAAUGUUAUUUGACUCAAGGAAUUGGUUUAAAUUUUAUUGUUUAACAGUGCAGACACCUUUUUAUCGGUUCGAAGUGCAAACAAAAGUUGGAAAGACUCGCGACGAAAGAACGUGUCUUCGUUGCUCGAAACUUCCGGCGUGAAAUGCCGGAAUAGAUCAACCGAUCGGCAUUGAGUGAUGAUUGAGUGCGUAAAACGCAUUACGUUCGAAUAUAGGGCUACGAUGACGCUUCACACGCAUCUCGGACGCGAUGCCGAGCGGAGGAAGUGAGCUUACGCGCCGUAUCGCAUCGCCACCGCCGCGCCGUAUAACAAAGCAGAGCGGUACACGUGUACCCUGUUAAAUAAUGCAAGUGUCGUUCUUUCCAUUCACGUGGCGAUACGUACGUGGACGCUCGUCGUCGCGUCUCUAGCGUCCGCCGCCGCGAGAUGCUCGUCGCUCCUAUAGCCGACGGCGAUCGCCGACCAGCCCCCCGCGACUCGUUCCCAUUCCGGCGCGAUCGACGGCGGGCGGUGCACUUCGCGCUUUCGUCGCGUCGCUCCCCUUUUCCCGCUCUGGAUUUUUCGCUUCCGGAAAACCCGCGAACGUAAGGGGUACCGUCGGUAGACGGAGAAGAAGCCCCGCGAGCGUUUCGGUUGCCUUCUCUUCUCGAUCGUCCAUGACGAGACAGCGCGGCUACAGCCGACCUUCCUCGUUGCGAUCGUGAGGUAAAUUCUCGACCCCUCGUGGAAUCGACGCGCUCGAAAGAGGAAGAGGAAAUGCGUGGAUAUGACAAUGCGUUUGGAUUUUUUGUGGGACUGUUCUUCUACUGUGUCUCGCUAGACUUUUUCGGAGUCUAGUGCGUACAUGUCGGUGUACGUGUAUUAUAGUGAAAGUGGUGAUUGAUUGGUGUUUUUUUAAAAAAUCAUCGGUUACAUCUUGGGACUACAAAACUUUCAAAUCGAGCUUGCAGGAUGCAGGAACUGACAUUCCCGCGUCGAAAAGGGAUCCUCACCCCAGUAUCGGUGUUGGUGCUGCUGAUACUACCAUUGGUCGAUUUACCCUCGGCAAACGGAUCUUGCGAGUUUCCAUCGAAUUGGUCGGGAGAAUGGUAUCAGUAUGGCAAACCCACACCAGUCGUUAUAAAUACAACCGUUCUCGGGGAACGAGCAUGCAUCGAAAGAAUGGACGACAAAUACGUCGUAUACGGCGAAAAUUGUUAUCACUGUAUGAUCAUCAACGGACGCCAUGAGAAUGUUAUUCAGUUUCGCGAAGGCUGGUGCAAUCCGGAGCGAACGAGCUUGGAAGAGAUGUGCACGAUGAUUACCUCGGACGACACGCUCUAUUCGAUAUUUCGUGUGAACUCAAAACCGAUAUCUUGCCCAUUUAGCGGGGCGUCGUUUCAAUUCACGUACAAUCGAGGUUACGGCGAAUGUAUUCAGCCUAUAAGUCUCGCGGAGAAGUGUACCGACGAGAGCAAACUCCUCCUCAAAUACCAGGCCUGUCCGGAUGUUGCGGGGACCGAAAGCAACACCGAGGAGCUACAAUGUCUUGCCAUUUGGAACGAUGGUCGAAAUAAGUAUUUGGUGGGAACCUUGAAAGAGAGAAGCGCACUGACGGGUGACGCAAGAACUUACAGGUGUUUCCUAUACGAAGAAAAAUCUCAUCAUCAAGGGAAGAUGAUUUAUUUACUUGCACAGUCUGGUGACCCGACUUGCAACGGCCUAACCACAGUUUCCGAAGGUUCACCCACCAUAAAACUUACAAAAGUUGACAAAGAGCACAGUAGAUGCAAAUAUCCAGCUUGGGUAACUCAACAUCACGACUGGCACUCUCUCAAUGGUUCGAAAAGUUAUCACUUUACAAACAAGAAUGCCACGCUGAGAGUAAAAAUGCAAGAGAAUACUGACGGCGAAACCGUCCAUGAGGAAAAAAUCGUUUGCCACAACUUGGAGAAGCUGUAUCCGAAUGACAAUAUGCAAGGGAAUAAAGUGAAACUGGUUGCUCACGUCACUAGCGGUUGCGAUAUUGGUUACGUUUGCAUGAUAUUUCACAAAAGAGACAGUCAUAUCAUCGAGAUACAGCAGUCAGCUCAAAAAGCCAUUAUGCCAGAAGAGGCGUGCUCAAUCUCGGAUCCCUCUAUGAUGCCAUAUACGACUUUAAUAACUUCGUUCUUGCAUCAGAGAAGAUGUCCUAAUUUAGGACGAUAUAAGAUUUUGGAUUUUGCUCCGUCGCAUGCAUUGUCGACUGCCGUAUCGAGACGGCAGCUACGUGGUGAGAUAUCCAGGACGACCAAGAGGCGAACUUGGCCAGAGAACAUCGAAGAUGAAGAAUGCAGAAGUACGGAUGUUCAAGUAGGCUGCACUUCGCCCGAUCAAGCCGAAAUAAUGAUCGGUAACACGUGCGAACAUGAGAAGAUUGCCUAUUUUUGUCACGGCAGCUGGGAAGAGAAAGGAAUGUGGUAUACGAUAGCGUCGCAACGAAAUUCCGAAAUUCCAGGCAGUCUGGGGCAAACCUUUUGUUUUUCCAUGCUUCUUGAAGGCGUCAGAGACAGAGGCGGUAGGCAGAAGCAAGAAAAAGAGUUAUGGUUGUCGAGACCAUCGCGUACUUGUCAAAGAGAAGCCAAGGAUGACUGGACGUACAGACUGUCUAAUGAAGGAGUGUGCGAGGAAUUAACGAAGGCUUCAAACGCAGCGUCUGAUCCGUCGUUGUCCGAGCUUCAUGGACUGCUUAUUUUAAUGAUAGCAGUUGUUGCUGUUCUUGAUACCCUAAACGUAUUAGUUUCGAGAUGAUCUGCAGCUAUUAUGUAAGACUGUCAAAGUACUGUAAUUUCCAGCACGAAUUCUCAGGUAUUGCGUGUUUCUGGAAGUGUAUAUAGUUCUAACAGUUUGAUAGCUAUUGAUCGAUAAGCUGUCAAUACGUAAGUAAGAGGUGGGAAAUGUGCAGCUAAACCGUUAUUACUGACGUUAUUACUGACAAUAUUAAUUUCCGUUUCGUUGAAACAGCCUAAUUAUAUAAAUCGAUGAUUACGAUCGUUUCCAAUUAGGAAUGAAGCGAUUUAUAGGCGUUUGCAAAUUAUUUUUUUAUACGUACAAUACUUAUUGUAUUUUAUCACAAACUAGUGUUCUAAACGAGUGACCAAACUCUAGAUUACUAGUAUUUCCGAUAUAACGUUCGUUAGCUAUUAUACUGCCUGAAUUGUUGAUCAAUUAUAAUAGUUCUCCGGAUAAUUUUUGAUUGCUCAUAUGUUUUUCGUUCAGUUUUAUGCAAAGGAGAGAACCGAGAUGACAUAUUCAGGACUAGACAAAGACAUCGUAGAUAUGUAUUUCAAAUACAAAAGUAUUCUAUGAAAACUAUAUAUUUCAAAUAUUAAAUACUGUUGAAAAUGUGGUUUAAAAAAAAAAUACAAAAGAUAUUCUUGAAAAGUUUGUUUUGGGAUGUAAGAUAACGAAAUAAUAUUUCGUAUCUCAAACAUUGCACCACAUAUACAUGUUUGAAAUAUUACCUAGUCCUGAUAUAAUGCUUCUGAAAUUACGAAGGUGUGUGUAUGUGUGUGUGUAAUUUACGAGACAGCCUCGAAUCACGACCACUUCUGAGUAUUUAACUCGAAGACUCAUGUACAUUAUUAAGUACUAUCGCGCUAUUGUAAAUAUGACCAGGGUAUAAAUAAUCGAGAUUUUAAUUGGAUUAUUUUCGAGUAAAGAUUGGGAUAUUACUAUGUAAUUACAAUUCGGCAGAUUGAACUCAUACUCGGAUAUAACGUAAUAUAUAUAGCACAUAGGUUCUAUCUUUUAGCUAGUAUAUAUUUGUACAUAAUACAAUUGAGAUAUUGUAUAAAGACUGUUUCUAAAAGAGUAUAACAAUUAUAUCGCUCACAAUAUUGCAUUUUGUCACUGGAAGUGCGUGCAUUUUCAAGGAUAUUUUCAAGUUCGGCCUCGCAAUAGGAGAUCCGCAAGAGUAUGACACUUGUACUACACCCUAGCGUAUACAUAUUUAUAAAUUAAAAUAAAUUCAAAGAAAAAGAUAAACAGAUUGAAAGAAACAUCUUACGACAAUUUCUAAUAAAAAUUGGCAAUGGAACUACUGCGAACAUUUAAGAUUUCUAAUAAUAAAAUUUAAAUAAUAGUAAGAAAACAUUGACCGAAUAAAAAUUUAUAUAUCUCAUUAGUAAAAUAAAAUGUAAAUUUCAAACUUUUAACUUUGUUAAAAAAUACACAGAAUAAGUUUAUUAAAAAUGUCUCUUUUCAAAGUUUUAUGGAAAAGAGAAUAGACAAGUUUACCUUGACAUCUUCAAAAGUUACUAACACUUGUCUCUAAAAUUACAUUUUUGAAGAAUAAUAACUUUACUGCAUUUUUUGGAAGAUUCAAGACAAAAAUUACUGUUACACUCAUAAACUUAUCAUAUAACACUGUACAUCAGUAUUUCUCUUAAUCAGUACAUAAGAGAUUUUUGAUAGGCCUAACGCAAAGGUGGACGAGUGUGGUAUAUCUGCGGACGCAUUAAGACUUGUACUAGUUGCGCGUGAGUAGUGCUUUUGCAUUUCUAGCAUAGAGUUAGUGGAUGUCGGAAUAAAUCGAUCACGCAUCUCGUUCUUGUCAUCGAUGAUAUAUACAGUUUGAUGUGUGUAUCGAAUUCGGAUAUGCGCGGUAUUGGUACUUUUCGGUGCACGCUGAAUAUGUAUAUCACGAUGAGGGGACUUUCUCUGAAUAACGAGUGAUACAUUUUCGGCAGUGAUUCGCGUGCGAUCUCUAGGGCGAGAUUUAUGCGCGCUGUACAAAUACUGGCAGUUAAGACUUGAGUAUUUCGCAUAUUUUUUUUCUUCAUUUUCAUGAAUUAGCGUAACGAAGAUACUUACGACUUGGCGAUAAAUUAUACCGUGUUAAUCGGUUGAUUCCGAGAACGUUAUUGUAACCGUACUUCCCCAAAAGUUUUGAUUUCCCGGUAGCUGGAUCGCUAGCAUUUAAGCUAUUCUACAAUAAGCUAUUAGUCGGUGUCAUAAGUCGUAAGUUGUAAGAAUUGAUCAAUCACAGUUGAAUAUUCUCUUCACAUUCGACUGUGAUUGAUCAAUUCUUAUGGCUUACAAUUUAUGCCAUCGAUUAUAAUAGCUUAUUGUAGAAUGGGCUUUAUGGUUAGAACUAGAGCGGUAGAGAACGUUAUUUGUAUCAUCAUCCUAUCUCUGCAUUCCGUAUUAUGUACUUCAAUAUACAAACUCGGUACAAGAACUUCAUCGCGAAGAUGCGCUUUACUUGGUGUUUCGAAAUAUUUAUUUUAGAAAUAAUUAAACGUUAUUAAAAUACCGUGGGUUUUCAUUCCCAACUUUAUUAUUUUGGAAAAUAAUAAAGCGUUGAAAUUUAAAGAUGCUAGUCCGUAUCGCAGAAUAUUUUGGCAACGUUAGAACAACGGUUAGCUUCGUGAAAGUGUAGUAGCAAAGGCAUUCGAGAUUAUCAACUAGAACGCAUCUUGAUACGUGCACGUCCACAAAAUUUGUACCGACUUGAGUAUCAAGUAGAGAUAAUAGCGUAAUAAGCCUACAAUAAUAUCACGAACGGGGAAGGGAAACUGAAAAUACGGUCCAUCGCGCGAACCUCAAUAGUUUUAUAUUUUUCUCAAAUGAACACACACUGAAAUAUGUACAUAUACAAAGUUUUAUUGAUUAUACAUGUGUGUGUGUGUGUGUGUGUGUGUAUGUGUGUAUAUAUGCACACACAGACAUGUACUUGCAUACAUUAUGCCAUAUGCUCGCGUAAUUAAGAGAAACAGUAUAGAAAAGAGCAGCGUAUAAAGGAUGUAUUUACGCGGUCACACACAUUUUAUUACUACAUUUUAGUCGGAUCUACAUCCAUUAACUCUGUGAUAUCCAUCACAUUUAGGCGAAAACGUGACAGCCAAAAGAAAAAAAAAGAAAAAAAAAUAAGAAGAAAGAAACGAACGAAGCUGAGCUCUAAAGGCAUUUUUUUACUGUAUAUAUCAUAUAUUUUCUAAAUAAUGGACUGUUCCGGAAUUCAGGAGGUUUGUUGAUGUGCGAAAGUGUAUGGAUUCGAAUUAUUAAAUAUUUGAGCAUUUAAAUAACGAAGACAGAUUCUUAUUUUUGUACAGAUAGGACGACCCGUCGCGAUAUCCUGUUCCCCCGCACACACGGAAGCUCUCACACGCUAAGCGAAAACGUAGUCAUAUACAUGCGAAAUAUAUUUUACGUAAGUUUUGUAACUAUCGCAUUAUAGGUAUACCGUUAGCGUCAUCUCCGAAAGCAGGAAGCAAUUCUCGACUUUAGACGCCUAGUUCAUUGCCGUUAUUUUUAUCGUCGUUACCGAUACUGUCAGCGUACUAGCGUUCUGUUAUAUUGUACAAUUAUUAUUUUAUGCGCUACUUAAGACGAGAUCUAAUAGUAGCGAUGUAUAGUACAGGCCUUGUUACUUUACGCGCGUUUGAAUGCGAAACAGAAACGACAACCGAUGCCUUAUACAAUUUCUAAUGCCUUAUGCGAAUCACAAAAGUACGAACGGUCGCGGUUACUUUCCAUUCCCAGAGUGUCCCUCGUACAUCGAUUUCCUUUGGCAAAAUUCGACUGCUACACACUGUGCGUGCGUAUAUUAAAUUGUCACCCCUACAGCGCGAACACGCGCGAUGAUCCCCCGUGUGGUCAUAUGCGGCUAUAUUGAAUUCCGGAAACAGAUAUUACACGAUGUAACUUUAAUACUUCUAAAGUAAGCUGUAACUUGUAAGGCGUGGAAGCUGCGUGAUCGGUCGCGAGAGACGACCGGGUUGGAAGAAAGAGAGAGAGAGAGAGAGAGAGAGAAAGAAAGGGGAGCGAGAGAUACGAGCCGACAGAGACGAUAACUCACGAGUUUUUGUACAUCCACAUGCGCACACGUAUAUUUUGUUUAUUGCUGUGAUGAAUUACAUUAUAAAUAUUAGCGUGUAAGGCGGUUUUGAAUGCGGCUUUUCUUGCCAUUCUAAUAUAAUUGCAAGCAUUAGUCACACUCCCCGUUCGGAUGUAAGCCUCUUAAAAACCGUACGGUUAUGGAACGACGACCUAUUUAUCCUCGAUGUAUUUAAAUUGUACGAUAUUUACACGACGGCAUCCUUGUAAAGCGCCUUGGAUAAACGACUCGUCCAGAGAAGGCGACUCGCCGCAACGACAAUUUCGUACAGAGAUGAAAAAUGAAAGAAAGAAGAUAUCCGAUUUAUUUUGCUACGCGCGUGCGGAAAUAUGCGAGAACAAACUACGCCGAGAUAUUGUUUAUCCUCGCGCGAAACUGACACGGUACUUACUCAACGACGCUAAUAUAACAGGGAGACUUUUCUUAAUAAAUAAAAAGAUUAUUGCCAA